GGUUCAUAAUUUUGUGAAGGAUUUUGAAGAAAAUGAGAGCUAUAGUGGGUAUUGAUGAGAGUGAUGAGAGUUUGUAUGCUCUCCAAUGGACGGUGAAUAACCUUUUCAAUGUGCUGAUCAACAGUGCUGCUGGUGGGGAACGUAAUUUGCUAACCCUGGUUCAUGUACACCAACCAUCCAAGCACUAUGGGGUCGGCCCUUCUGCCUUCCCUGCUGGACCAGGAGUCGCAGCUUAUCCAUCAACUGCGCUGGUGGAUUCUGUAAGGAAAUCUCAAGAACAAAUUUCAGCUCGUAUACUCUCCCGUGCUCUAGAGAUGUGUGACAACAAGAUAAAAGCAGAAACUCUGAUUGUUGAAGGAAAUCCUAAGGAUAAGUUAUGUGAAAUUAGCGAGGAAAUGAAAGUUGACCUCCUUAUUGUUGGCAACCGUGGCCUUGGCAGGAUUCAAAGAGCAUUCUUGGGAAGUGUAAGUGACUAUUGUGCACACUACGCAAAAUGUCCAGUCCUGAUUGUUAAGCCACCGAAAGAGAUGGCCGGCCAGUAAAAGCAAGGAUUAAAAAUGUUGACAUUGAACCUGGAUUUAAUAAUUAAAUUUUAUUGCUUCAUGUCAUCGUCGGUUUUAGGUCGUGUAACUUUUUUAUACCAAAACAAGUUUGUCUUGAGUUUGACACCUAUUCAUAUAUAUAUACAUAUAUACAAAGUUAUAUGUUUGCUUGUAAACCCUAUAUAUAUAUAUAUUUUAAAUUAGUGUGAAUGAAUGGAAAUACGUUGGAGAGUUUUAUAACAUCAAACUUUGAUUUUUUUAUAACAUUAAGAUCUUAAAUAUUACAACGAGGAUUUACACUACGUAAAAUGAAAAAGAAUUUCUUAUUUUUAGAGUGAUUCAUAAUAUACAGGGGCGUAAAGUUGCUUGGUUUGAUUGCCGAAAAAGGUUGAAGAGAUGCUAGAGUAGAAUUUCGCUCUCGUCUUUUCUUGCCCCGUCCUUUUAAAAGAGAUUUAUUUUCAAAAGAUUUAUUGAUGGGAAAGACUUGGUGCGAGCCUUCAAUUUUAAAUUUGAUUCAGAAUGCUAGUUGGAUAUAAUUUUAUUUAGGUUUAGUGAGUAUGGUUUUCAAGGUUGGUAAGUUUGGAAAGUUAGGAUCAUAGAUGUGAUAAUUAUUCUUAAUGUUGUUACAAUGUGCAUUGUCCAUCGAAUAUUUGUAACAACAUAAGCUCUUUCUCUAAUGUUACCCUGAUGAAUGGGUAUAGUAAUUGCCCCUAGUAUAGUGAAGUUUUUCUAGACUUGUAAUAUGAUGCUUCCUCUUUGAUGAGGGCAAAGGUCAUUGUUGCUUGGGCACUAGCGUCAGGGUGCAACUACAAGGGUUGCACGAUCUUUUAAAAAUUUCGAAGCAACACUUUUAAUGGCCAUAAUCUUUUAUUUUUGAUGUGGCGUUGUUUAUCAUUCAAAUGGUUAUAUAGUAUUUGAAGUCUCGUCUUUUUUAUGUAUUCAAUGUUUAGAUAUUUUUUAUAUAUAAA